AUGUCUACCGACAAAGAGCCGCCCCCUCAACCUCGACCUCCAGAUGAACUGGACCGCGAUCUCCGAGGCGGCAAGGCCAUCUUCUUCACCCUCGACACCCUCUUCGACCGCGACUUUGCGACUGAACGCGGUCUGAUAAGAUGCAAGCAACUCAUCCCAAAGCUGCGUGGCAAAUCCAUGGAUGAACUAAAGAGAGCCUACCAUCAUGCGAUGGCCGCAGCGUAUCUAAACCACAUCCACUCCCAGAUUCCAAGAGUAGGCUCUCAACGUCCGGUGGAUAAAGUCGAGAUGAUGUUCCGGGAGCUUAACCUCAACCCGCCGUCGUGGGAUGACAAGAGCCUCAUCGGCAAAGAGUUCGGCGCUGAAUUCCGCCGCAACAGGUUUGAAGUCUUGGGAGCAUCGCAAACCCUUGCGCAGCUGAAGAAUCUCGAUUAUGCAAUUGUUGUUGCCGACGAUGAUCUUGAGUGGGAUGCUGUGGAGGAUCUCAACUUCUGGCAGUACGUUGAUGCCAAUAUCAUUACGAAAGAUCCGGUGAUGCGCAAGCCAGACCUCAGGGUGUUCAAAAACGCUUUGGACGCUUGCGGAGUGUCUCCGAAGAAUGCUGUCAUCGUUGGGUGCUCGAUACAGAAGGACAUUUCUGGUAUUCUUAAUGCUGGAGCGGAGCCGAUCUUGUACAUGCCAAAUCAUAAGUCAAUGGAAAUGGAUGUGCAGGGCACGCGUGUUCUAGUUGUUCGAACCAUGGUUGAGCUAUUGUCGGAGAUAAGCCGUCGACCUGAGAAUAGGUAUAUUGUAACGGCCCAACGUCAUCAGCUGCCUCCUCCGUCUCGCCCGCCAGCGCCACACGCAUCACAGGCCCAGGGUUACACGAAUGAUCAGAACGGUGGAUCCUCAAGUCAACAUCACUAUCAAGGUUCAAGCCAAUCUCAACGUCCACCUUCAGAUCCAAAGCCUAUUGACGAUGGGCAUGAGACUCAAUCUCGGGAAAAAGUUCCACUUCCCCGCAUACUAUCUCAGCCAGGUUCCAGCGAUGAGACUCCACGAAGACACAGCCUACCAGGUCGUGCCCACCCUACUAAGUACUACGAAAGGAUUUCACGUCCGGUACCUACCUUGAGUUGCACACCCGCCAAGCGCCCUUUUGAAGCUCUAUCUGAAUAUGGCUAUGUUCCCUCAUCAAGUUAUCACGAGCAAGGAUAUCCUGAUCAUGAUUCGCCGAGGGGACACCACAAUCCUGCAGGCGGACCGGUCCAGGGUCCGUCGGCACAAACCUCUUCGCACGAUACGCCAAAAGUGAACGGACAACUCGUGGGACCCAACAGUGACAGUUCCGAUAAGUCCUUUACUAGAAGUAGUUCGCCCUUCUAUAACCCUCCGAGCCCAACACUACCAACGACGCCACCUCCGAGGACAGUGUUUCCUUUCACCGAAGACUAUGGGAUUACCAGGGCAACCUACGGCGAGAAUUGGGAUCAGCCACGUUCUCAUUAUGACGGAUAUGGACAUGGGACUUCGAGAAAUGGGUACUCUACACAUGGUGGAUAUACAACUCUACCUUCACUUAGAAGUUGGUAUCCGCCACCCAUCCCAAACGACUCCACAUAUCGGGAACGUUCUAGGGGAUACAGACAUGGGAAUGGGUAUGAGAUUUCGGGAAAUAGGUACUCUACACGAGGCAGCUAUGCCCCUAGAAGUCCAAGUCCGCGUCAGGCCCCGCGUGAAAUGUCUCAGCAAAUCGGGCCAUCGAGGGGAAUGUAUGGUGAACAUGGGAGACAGACAUUCGCAAGAAGGACUGUAUCAAUGUACGAGGCAACUCCUCACAGGUCUUACGAGAUGCGCAGUGCUAGGCGCUUGAGUGAAAUAUGGGAACCUCCGGUUCCACUUCCACGUGGACAUCCACGCCAAGAGGAACAGCGUGUGCAGUCGCACCAUGCAGAAGUUGCCGACUUUACUUCUACGACUAUAAAUGCCGCGCCUUCUCCUCAAGCACCGCUAUCUACUGCUCAAGAUCCAGCCAUUCCUGGUGAUCCAUCAAGCCUACCCAGCCAUGGAGAUUCAAACAGCCCACCCGAGGCACCUCGGCCUCAAGAGGACGAGCAGCACAAGGCUGGAUCUUCUAGCCAUGACGAGGAGUUAACCACUGACAUUGGAUCUUUCCCUGACACGCUUACAGCGCCGCCCCCUAGUCCAGAGACUGCAGGACCAGAUGACGCAGCCGCUGAGCCUCCACAUAGACGCCAGAGGAUAUGUGAAGAGCUUAGGAAAAUGGCUCAAGCUAUAAUUGAUCUAAGCCGAGACCAUCGACUACCUCAUUUGUAG